UCUGAUCUAAAGAACGUGCCCAUACUUUUCCCAGACUGCAGCAGUAACAACAGGAAGUGUGCCGCUUGGCUAAGGAGUUUAUCGCUAAGUGUAAUUUUUCAAACGGGGAUGACGUGUUCAUUAGAAAAUGUAUUGUCAGACGCCAAGUCGCUGGUGGAAAGACUUCGCAACCAUGACAAUGCAGCGGAGGUACUUAUCGAACAGACAACGUCCCUUAACAAGAGGGUGGAGGCCAUGAAACAGUAUCAGGAGGAGAUUGAAUCGCUGAACCAGGUGGCCCGGCAUCGGCCCCGUUCCAGCCUCGUCAUGGGCAUCCAGCAGGAAAACCGGCAGAUCCGUGACCUACAGCAGGAAAACAAAGAGUUGAGAACAUCCCUGGAGGAACACCAGUCGGCCAUAGAGCUCAUCAUGACUAAAUACAGGGAGCAGGUCUUCAGACUCCUCAUGGCCAGUAAGAAGGAUGACCCAGCCAUUGUCACCCAAUUAAAGGAGCAGCACACCACUGAAAUGCAAGCGCACAUAGACAAGAUCAACGAGAUGGCUACGGUGAUGAGGAAGGCUAUCGAAGUGGAUGAGGGGAGGUUGUGUGAAGACGAGGAGAGGAUCAAGCAACUAGAGCUGGAGAACAGUGGUCUUCGCGAGCUGCUAGGGAUCAGUCGAGAGGCCUUCCUAGUUCUGACGAGAGAGGAGGUCUCGGAUAGCACAUCCCUGUCUGCCCUGUUGACCAGCGCCGACAUCAGCCUCCGGAAGAGUUAGGCCCACACCAACACUAGCUUGAAGAGACUGUGUGUGUAUGUAUAUAUAUAUGCCCCCUUGUACAGCCCCCCAAUCACCUACAGCCACAGACUCCCAGAGGGCACUCAACAAUGAACGAUGCCCCAGGUCAUACUGCCGCCCACCUGUCACACUACAAUGGAGGUAUACAUUAGGAAGCCUCUGAGACAAAUGGGAAAAUCCUCCAGCGGUGUAGUCUGUCAUGCAUUUUUUGUUUUGGCACGCAUUGUGCUAUCUGAUGAGCCUGUGGGGUUUUAAAGUGUGAAUGAGUUAAAGUGCUGCUGUUGAAUGACAAUAAAACACGUUAAAGUUUGGCUAGUGCCCUCCAGCUGAAA